GCACACCGCCACGGUGGCAGCGCGGGGAGCUGCUGUGGCUGCAGCGGCCGGUGGCUGCCAAAGCUGGAGCCUUUAUUUUUGCUGUGGAUUUUAUGACACACACGUGUGGAAUAUCCUGGACAGUUGUAGAUGGUGUGGUCUUGCUACAUGCUCUGAGAAAUGGCUGUAGGAAACAACACACAACGAAGUUAUUCCAUCAUCCCGUGUUUUAUAUUUGUUGAGCUUGUCAUCAUGGCUGGGACAGUGCUGCUUGCCUACUACUUCGAAUGCACUGACACUUUUCAGGUGCAUAUCCAAGGAUUCUUCUGUCAGGAUGGAGACUUAAUGAAGCCGUACCCGGGGACGGAGGAAGAAAGCUUCAUCACUCCUCUAGUGCUCUAUUGUGUGCUGGCUGCCACCCCAACUGCUAUUAUUUUUAUUGGCGAGCUAUCCAUGUAUUUCAUAAAGUCAACGAGGGAAUCCCUGAUUGCUGAGGAGAAAACAAUUCUAACUGGAGAAUGCUGUUACUUGAACCCAUUACUACGAAGGAUCAUUAGAUUCAUAGGAGUCUUUGCAUUUGGACUGUUUGCUACUGACAUUUUUGUAAACGCCGGACAAGUGGUCACUGGGCACCUAACCCCAUACUUCCUGACAGUGUGCAAGCCAAACUAUACCAGCACAGACUGCCGGACACACCACCAGUUCAUCAACCACGGCAACAUUUGCACUGGGGACCUGGAAGUGAUAGAAAAAGCUCGGAGAUCUUUUCCCUCCAAGCAUGCUGCUCUGAGCAUUUAUUCUGCUUUAUAUGCCACGAUGUAUAUCACAAGCACAAUCAAGACAAAAAGCAGUCGAUUGGCCAAACCGGUGCUGUGCCUGGGGACCCUCUGUACAGCUUUCCUGACUGGCCUAAACCGGGUCUCCGAGUACCGCAACCACUGCUCGGAUGUGAUCGCGGGCUUCAUCCUGGGCACGGCUGUCGCUCUGUUCCUGGGAAUGUGUGUGGUUCAUAACUUUAAAGGAACACAAGGAUCUCCUUCCAAACCCAAACCUGAGGAUCCCCGUGGAGUCCCUCUCAUGGCUUUCCCAAGGAUAGAGAGCCCUCUGGAAACCCUAAGUGCACAGAACCACUCGGCCUCCAUGACAGAAGUCACCUGAGAAGAGUAAGGUGCACCACUGUGCUUUAUUUUUUUUUCAAUCUCCUUCCAAUUCAAUACUUCAAAAUACACAGUUACUCAAUGUCCAACUGUGAAGACAAGUAUUAUGUUUAUCUAGUUAGAGGCAAAUGUUUUGUACAUUUUUUUGUAUGAAGAAGUGAUGUAGCUUGCCCUGAUUUUUUUUUUAUUUUGGUCAGCUCUAAUAUAUUUAUGCCAGAAUUUUAAAACCAACGGAAUUUUCUUGUUCAAGUGUGCAUUGCAGAAUCACAUUUAUUCAAUGGUGGAUGUUGUUUUGUGAGAUUUGUACACAAACCUUCUUUUCUCAGUUUUAUAGACACAAUGACAGUGAAUAUGACAAUUCACUUCCAACUUUUAUUACCACAGUUGCUGACUCCUCCAGAAUUUUGGAAUUUCAAUGUAAGUUAAACUUUUGAGGGACAGGAAGGACAAUGUUGGUUAAUGGUAAAUCUUAAAAUCAACUGUAGGAAAAUAGACAGUCAGCAAGAACUUUGUGUUCUGAUGUAACAGUUUAUUUAGCACAUUCAAAGGAAAAACAUUAGUGAAGUUUCCUGAUUACACAAUAAUUAGCAGAAAAGCCUAGAUUUUUUUUUUGGGGGGGGGGGGUACAGGUUGUAUGACUCUUUCUGAGCUAAUGGUUUUGCCUACCUAAGAAACUCAUGAUCUGCCUAGAAUUCUAUCCCUGAGCAGGCAGGUAACACUGUAACCUUCUUUCCAAAAAGCAGCCAGCACCAGCCUUUCCUGUCAACUCAACAGUUUUAUAUCUCUCAAAUUGUAUGGACUUUGUAUGAAAAUGAAUAUUUUACAGUGUACACAGUAUUAUUUUCCAGAAAUGUUUCAGAGCAUCUACAAGAGAGAGUCCCCAGAGCAACAUGUUCACUCUGUGGCUUUUAACUCUCCUAGGACUUUAACUGCAUCCUGUUUUUCUAGCAUGGUGAUAAAUAACGUGUACCUCCUUUGACAUAAGGAGCUCCUUGUCCCUAUCAGAAUGUUUUCUUACAUUUUCAUGUUAAUCCUUCUUAGCUUUUUUUGUACAUAUUUUUUUUCUAAAGAGAAGAAAAAAAAACUAUCACAAAAUGUAUCCUGGCUCUUGUCCUUUGUUUUAAGCUUCAUGCAAAGAAAGGUAUUUACAGAAUGGCCAUGAGGGUACCUCAACAAGUUUCCAUUCUU